AUGGCUAUUGUAUUGAGUUAUGUGGACAAGAAUGGGCAUGUCCUCGAGUGUUUUAUUAGCAUUGAGCAUGUUAUUAGUACCGCUGCUUUCUCACUCAAGGAAACCAUUGAUGAGGUAUUUUCUAGGCAUAAAUUGAGCAUGUCUAGGUUGUGUGGGCAAGGUUACGAUGGGGCCAGCAAUAUGCAAGCGAAUAAUUUAUUGGAUUCCAUGCAAUCGUUUGAUUUUGUGCUUAAUCUACACUUGAUGAAAGAUAUACUAAGAAUAACCAAUGAAUUGCCACAAGCAUUGCAAAUGAAGGAUCAGGAUAUUGUAAAUGCCAUGAAGUUGGUUGGAGUUUGUAAGCAAAGGUUGGAGAUGAUGAGGAAAAGUGGUUGGGGUUCAUUACUUGGUGAAGUCUCUGAAUUUCAUCUUAAACAUGAUAUUGAUGUGCCUAAUAUGGAUGAUAUGUUUCUUUCCCAAAGGCGAGGGCAACGAAAAGCACAAGCAGUCACAAAUAUGCAUCAUUAUUGUGAUGAGAUAUUUUAUGUUGUUUUGGAUUCGCUGCUUCAAGAACUAAAUAAUCGUUUCAAUGAGACCAACACUGAGUUACUUCUUUGUUUGGCAUGUUUAUGUCCAGCCGGCUCCUUCUCUGCUUUUGAUAGCCAAAAGCUAUUGCGACUUGCCCAGUUUUAUCCUAAGGACUUCUCUAUGAAUGAACUGGUGAUACUUAAUAUUCAACUUGAGACUUACAUUGUGAAUAUGCGGUCUAGCAUUGAGUUCUUAGGUUUAAAAGAGAUUGGAGAUCUUGCAAAUUAA